AUGCCGGCACCGACCGCUCUCCAACGAGCACCGGAAGAACUCGCCAUCGAAGAGACAGUCCACGAUGCGCCGCAGACCGCUGUAGAGGAGGAUGUUCUCACCACAACCGCUCCACCCACUCAACCAUCAGAAGAAGAGACACCCCUAGACACAGCCAUGGAAGUGGAAACCUCCGAAACCGAACCUUCCUUCCUCUUCACCCCCGAAAAAGCCACCAAAGCCGCCCACCGCGUGGAAGAGCGCAAAGUCCGCAUCCCACCCCACCGCAUGACGCCCCUCAAAUCCUCCUGGCCCAAGAUCUACCCUCCCUUAGUGGAGCACCUGGGCCUCCAAGUCCGCAUGAACCUGGCCAAGAAGAGCGUCGAGCUGCGCACGUCUCCGCAUACCACUUCCACCGACUCGCUGCAGAAAGCCUUCACGCUCGGAUUCGACCUCGAUGACGCUAUCGCGCUGCUGCGGUUGGACGAUCUGUAUAUCCAGAGUUUCGAGAUCAAGGACGUGAAGACGCUGAAUGGGGAGCACCUGUCGCGAGCGGUGGGGCGGAUAGCGGGUAAAGAUGGCAAGACGAAGUUUGCGAUUGAAAAUGCUUCGCGGACGAGGAUAGUGCUGGCGGACCAGAAGGUGCAUAUUCUUGGCGGAUUCAAGAAUAUCCAUGUUGCGAGGGAGGCAGUGGUGAGUUUGAUCUUGGGAGCGCCGCCUGGGAAGGUGUACGGCAAUCUCAAGACUGUGGGGGCGAGGAUGAAGGAGAGGUUCUGA